GUGACCUGGCCAGCUUGUAAAUUCUUUUUAGAAAAGUGUCAUUUUCACGAAUUUUUCGCCAUAUAAAAGGCAGUGGCUGGAUGUGUCGAUCAGCAGUAGCGGUUUUGUUCAGGGAAACGCACCAGUGCCUUCAUUACCCAUAAAAUGGCGAAAACCACGAGAAUUGCUCUCAUCCAACAUUACAUAUCCGAAAAUAAAGAUGAAAACCUUGAGCACGUUGUAGAGAGGGUUCGUCAGGUUUGCAGGGAAUCGAACCCAAGGAUUGUUGCUUUGCCCGAGUGCUUCAACACUCCUUAUGCAACCAACUACUUCGCUGGUUACUCGGAACCUGUCCCAAGUGGACCCACUUGUAAGCGACUAGCAGCUCUAGCGAAAGAGUUGAAUAUUUACUUUGUGGCAGGAUCCAUCCCCGAAAAGGAUGGUGACAAAGUUUAUAACUGCGCAACAGUUUGGUCUCCAGAAGGAAAACUGCUAGGGAAACAUCGGAAGGUUCACUUGUACGAUACCGCCAUUGUAGGCGAUAUUGUUUUCACUGAAUCAGAUGGUUUCACACCUGGAAGUGACUUCACGGUCGUCGAAAUGGACGGGCAUAAAGUCGGGAUUGGUAUUUGCAACGAUAUGCGAUUUGAUGAAUUCUGCCGUUCAUACCGUAACAAAGGAUGCGAAAUGUUGAUCUGGCCAUUUGCUUUAGUUGUCUCGCAAGGCCUUAGUCAUUUCGAGAUGAUGUUGCGAACUAGAGCUCUCGACAACCAAAUGUAUGUUUGCGGUAUUUCCGCAGCCCGGGAUGAGAAAUCAGUGUGUGUCCAAUGGGGUCACUCCAUGGUGGUAAACCCUUGGGGGCGAAUUGUCCAAGAAGCCGGCAUUGGAUCUGAAGUUGUUGUUGCCGACAUUGAUUGGAAACUUUUGGAGGAAUGCCGACACCAGGUCCCACUCUUUGAGCAACGCCGCACUGAUUUGUACGAUUGCAAGCCAAAGAAGUAAAGUAAUCAUAAGUGUAACUAAGAUGCAAUAAGAAACGUAAAUAAAAGGAUUUUAUAUAAAUAUAAA